UUUUACACCACUGUAUGUACUCACAAUUGUUCAAAUACUUCUCUGAAGUAGUUACCAAGGUCAUUUUCAUCCCUUUCAGUAGAUUUUUCAUUAAAUUUGCAAGUGUAUCUUCCAAAAGGAAACACUAUAAAUGGGCAUUAUAUUCAUACUUAUUUAUACAUGUUGAAAAAUUAUGACUGAUUAAAAGUAAAGUUUAUUUUGAAGGGGGUAAACAUGACUCAGUACUUCCCCCUCCAUCACUUGGUAACCUGCUGGCUGCGGAUAUCUCUCCUUAGGUGACCUUCUUAUAGCCCCUGCUGGGUAAAAAAAAACAAAAACUCCUGCCUCUUGCUUUGUGCUCCACCUCCUCCUCCGUGCAGCCCCGCGCUUAAAUGGACAAUUUUAGGCCUCAGUGGCGCGUCCCUGUGCAGAGAUCCUGGCAGGACGCCACAGAAAUCUUGGUGGACAAGCGAAGCGGAGAGGAGGGUUGGGAGAGCUAUGAAAGGAGGAGGAGAGGAGAGAAAGAGAGAGAGAGGAAAGCAGAUGAAGAGAGUAUAACUUUUGGGGGAUCACAUGAAAAGGCAGCAAAACGUUUUUUCUACAUGUUACCGGAAUCUAUGUUACCAGCCUGAAGAAACUACACCAUUGUGUCAAAAGUUUACUUCUUUUUCUAACUACUGGCUCAGUAUUGGAGUUUGGAACAAGACAAGGAGCAAGAAGUCUUUCCAAAGUGGGCUCACAACUGUUUUCCCUGAGGAUUCCCUGGAGCGCCACCAUGGGCUCCGGUGCUUGAGGGAAUCUUUGCAUCUGUUGUUAUUUGGAAGGGAGAUUUGGAAGCUGCUGUACAGGAAGGAGAUGUCAUCCUACUUCACUCGCACCAAAGACCUGACUCGUACCAGGAGGUCACUCACCGACUCACCCCCACCCUCUCCAUCCGCUACUGACAAAGGCUACAGACAUGACAGACUUUCAAGAUACGACUCCAGUGGAGAUAAUGUGGCAGAUAAAUUGGGCCGGACCAGUUCCUACACCCGCAGAGAGACCAGACUGGCUUCUCUGAAUAAGCAGGAGCAAGACACCACAAGCAAAGACUACAAGAAGAUGUACGCAGAAGCGCUACAGGAGAAUGAGCGUCUCAAGUCCAGGUUGCAGGACAGCAAACAAGAACUUGUCAACAUUCGCUGCCAGUUGGAGAAAGUAACUCAGAAGCAAGAAAAGAUAUCGGAGAAAUCUUCUCAGCUUGAAGCUGAGAAAAAGGAAAAGCAAGCCCUCGAGAAAAGGGUGUCAGGCAUGGAAGACGAGAUGAAGGUCUUAACAGAGCUCAAGACGGACAACCAGAGGCUAAAGGACGAGAACGGUGCUCUAAUUCGGGUCAUCAGCAAACUGUCCAAAUGAAGGAAUGUUCUGGUUUGCUGAUUUUUAUGAUGCGGUCACACUUACUACUUCCUGUCAGGUGUAUCCAAAGAGAAUUGUUAAGUUGUUAAAUGUGUGGAUGCUGACCCUUACUUGCUUUUUAACUAGGGAUUACAUAAAGAUACCAUAACUGGUAUCAUAUUAUAUUUGGUGAACCCUGUUUGGUUUGUGGUACCCAUAACAACCCAUGGUGUCCUAAAAGUGUCCUAAAAUCAGCCAUGUACUACUACAGGUUGAAAAAAAAUCUAAGAUUUUGAGAAUAAAGUCAUAAAUAUAUAUAUAAUAAAUUCACAAUAAAAAAAGUCAUAAUACUACAAGAAUAAUGACGGAAAAUUUACAAGAAAAAAGUCAUAAUAUUAUGACGAUAAAGUCGUAAAAUGGAGCACAGCUCUUCAGGAAGGAAGGAAAACCUUCCUCUCGUUUUUUCAUAGAUGUUUCAAGCAAUGCCUGUUACGACAUAGUAUAAAAAUAAUACUACUUCUCAUAAAUGUACAACUUUAUUCUCAUAAAUAUACGACUUUAUUCUUGAAAUCUGUGAUUUUUUUUUUUUGGACUAUACAGUUUUUGCUUGACUGUGUAACAGGUAAACACGAGCUAAUUUGCUAAAGCUAAUUUUUUUUGUCUUUAAAGGUAAUUUUAAACCCAUUGACAAUUGUGUCAAAUAAUUAAUGCAACUAUAUUUCUUGAAUGAAUUAUUAGAAAAUAACCUACAUUUUUUCUUUCAAUUCUGUGCGUUCUUACUGUCUGGGUUAAUACUACUGAUCGCUCAUAAUCGGUCAUAACGCAAUUAUUUAACAUGCCAUUGCACACAUUGAGCGAAAUACCUCAAAGAAAGUGUGAGCAUGUCAGUUUCAUGUUCGAUUAUUCGAUUAUUUUCAGUGUUUCACUCUACCGUCCUUUGAGAGCUACACAAACGUCCUACGAUGUUGCGAUAUUUAUUUAUUUAAGCAUUUAUUCAUUCUUGUCAAAGGAACACACCAGUUAGUCUGAUUUUCACAAGUGUUUGUUUUCAGUCGGUGUACCGGAUUCCUUUUCAUUCAUAAUUUUGCUAUCUGUUAUUUUUUCAGUAAUUUAAUAUGAUAAUGAUACGCUAAUUACCCCUUUUAGAGCACCAUUAGAUGUAUCCUGUUGUCAAAUAGGCUAACAUUACUCUGGAACAUAUUUUGUUGUUUGCCCUCAGCCUGAUUGAAGCCAGUCUGCUAGCGCCAUUAGCAUCUUUUUUGUUAUUAAUUUGUUUCCAUUUAAGUCAGUAUGCCAGAUGGGAUAUGAUAAAAAAAAAAAAAAAAAAGCAAACCGGGUGCUUAAAAUCAUCGUAAUAUGAGGGAAAUGAUCAUACAUAAACACUGUGACGUCGCUGAGGACCAUGUAAAGUCACAGACAGCAGGGGUGUCCAAAGUGCAGCUCGGGGGCCAUUUGCAAUCCGCAGCACUUUCUAAAACUAUAACAAGAAAAAAAAAGUCUGCAGUAAUUUUAUAAGUUAGAAUAAGUUUAAAAUAUUAAUACAAAAAGUUGUAACCAAACAAGAAACUAAUACAUUUACAAACGUGCUCUAAUCUUUAUUUUGUUAGCUCAAGCACACAUUUUAAUUUGAAAAAAUCAGCCAAAAUGUUCAGUACUGAAAGGUAUUUGAAAAAUAAUUGAAAUUGAGAUUAAAAGUCGGAAUAUUAUGAGAAACAAACAAAUCAAAAUAAUAGAGUUGGGGAAAAAGUAAUAAUAUUAUGGGUGUAAAGUCAAAAUACUGUGGUAAUAAAGCCAUAAUAUUUCGAAAAGAAAAUGUACAAAGAUAAAUUGAAAUAUCAAAAUAAUAUUUGAAGAAAAAUGGGAUAUAAAGACCAAAGUUCAUAUUUAUAAAUCGCUUUUCACAUAGUAUAUCAUAAAGCGGUGGUGCCCUUUUUUUUCUGAAAUAUAUACAGUAUAGCAUCUUAGCAUAUCAACAUGUGUUGCUUUGCAAAAUAAGUGUCCCUUUUAAUUUUUUUACUAUGUGGCCCUCUGUGGAAAUUUGGAAUAUCCCUGUUGUAUAGCGUAUAAUGCAGUUUUACCAUAAACCACAACAGUACCCCCCCCUCC